CCGGCCCGGGGGCCCGGGGGCCGGGCGGGCGGGGCAGAGCCGGGGCGGGGCGCGGCGCCGCAGCUGGAUGGCCGGGGCCGCCGGGAGCGCCGCCGCCGCCGCCGCACGGUCCUGGGGUCUGCCUGCUGGGUACAUUCCUGCUGCCCGGAGCUCCUGGGCUCCGGCAACGUAAGGAGGGGUCUCUGUGCCUCCUCCGUGCCAGGCACGCUACCCGCACGUGGCAUGCCUGGAUGUCCCUGCGCUGGCUGCGGCAUGGCGGCACACAGCCUCCUCUUCCUCGCUGCCCUUGCCCUGGGGCUCCUGGGAGGGGCCGCGGCUUCCCAGCAGGCCCUCCGGAGCCGGGGGGCGGCCGCGGCCUGUCGCCUGGACAAUAAGGAAAGCGAGUCCUGGGGGGCCCUGCUGAGUGGAGAGAGGCUGGACACGUGGAUCUGCUCCCUCCUGGGCUCCCUCAUGGUGGGGCUCAGCGGGGUCUUCCCGCUGCUCGUCAUUCCCUUGGAGAUGGGGACCACGCUGCGCUCAGAAGCUGGAGCCCAGCGCCUGAAGCAGCUGCUCAGCUUUGCCCUGGGGGGGCUCCUGGGGAAUGUGUUUCUCCACCUGCUGCCCGAGGCGUGGGCCUACACGUGCAGCGCCAGCCCUGGUGGUGAGGGGCAGCGCCUCCAGCAGCAGCAGCAGCUGGGCCUGUGGGUCAUCGCUGGCUUCCUGAGCUUCCUGGCGCUGGAGAAGGUGUUCUUGGACAGCAAGGAGAAGGAGGGGACGGGCCAGGCCCCCAGCAAAGACCCCGCAGCUGCUGCCGUGCUCAAUGGAGGCCGCUAUCUGGCCCAGCCGGCUGCCGAGCCCGGCCUGAGCGCCGCGGUCCGGAACAUCCAAGUCAGUGGCUAUCUCAACCUGCUGGCCAACACCAUAGACAACUUCACCCAUGGGCUGGCUGUGGCUGCCAGCUUCCUUGUGAGCAGGAAGAUCGGGCUCCUGACCACCAUGGCCAUCCUCCUGCACGAGAUCCCCCAUGAGGUGGGCGACUUUGCCAUCCUGCUCCGGGCCGGCUUUGACCGAUGGAGCGCAGCCAAGCUGCAGCUCUCGACGGCCUUGGGGGGCCUGCUGGGCGCCUGCUUCGCCAUCUGUACGCAGUCCCCCAAGGGAGUAGGUACGGGCCUGUGGGUGGUGGUGGCCAGCAGAGGGGCCCGAGCCCAAGGGCACAGCUGCCCUGACCCCGGCAUCCAGGCCAGGGUCCGCCCCGGUCCGGCCCGCGGGAGGGAGAGCGGCACACGGGGCUCCCCAGACGCCCAGCCAGUCAGGGCUUCUCCUCCCGCUGCAGAGGAGACCGUGGCCUGGAUCCUGCCCUUCACCUCCGGCGGCUUUCUCUACAUUGCCCUGGUGAACGUGCUGCCCGACCUCCUGGAGGAAGAUGACCCAUGGCGCUCCCUACAGCAAGUGCUGCUGCUCUGCACGGGCAUCGUGGUGAUGGUGCUGUUCUCCCUCUUCGUGGAGUAGCUGUCCCUGACGCCCCCUCCCCGCACAGCAAUAAGAGACUCGGACUCACUCUGUGCCUGUGUG